AUGGCGACCACGCCGCCGCAGAUGACGGACGAGCAGAUUCGCGAGAUGAUACAAGGCCCAGGGGACGUUGAGUGGUCGUAUGAGAUGCGUAGGCAAUGCCAGGAGAUCCUCCCGGGCUUGCUACUCGGGCCCCUUCAAGCCUCGAAAUCAUUGCCGACCCUCCAGGAGAUCGGAGUGACCCACAUAGUGUGCAUCCGUGAUGCCAAGGAGGCGUUCUCCGUCCGUCCCCGGUUCCAAGAUCACUUCCGCUACAUGGUACUCGACGUGGAGGACAGCGAGGAGCAGAACCUCAUCCGGCUAUUUCCUCAAGCGAAGCAAUUCAUAGAUGAGGCAAUUUCAGCGGGUGGAAGAGUGCUAGUGCAUUGUAACGGGGGUAUCAGUCUUUCGCCCGCCUUCGUCGUAAUGUAUGUCAUGCAGCAACACAACUUGUCCUGGGAGGACGCUCUCCACCUCGUGCAGAACAGGCGAUACUGCAUUUCUCCGAACGGUGGCUUCCUCACCCAGCUCAAGGAAUACGAGUCCAUCUACAAGGCACGCAAUGCGGUGGCCUCGUUUCCCGCAUACCAGGCGGCAGCCGCGCGGCGUAAGCGCGCUGUUGAAGACGACGAAGAUGGCGAUGAGAGGUAUGUCCGUGGAUGUCCACCUGCCCAGCAUCGCGAUGGCUCAUCGCGCCGUGCUGUACCUAGGGAUGAAGAGCGCAAGCGAGCUCUCAUGGACGAGGAUGAUGCUAUGCAGACGUAA